AUGCGUGUGUCGGACAUUCCCCAACGAACCCAAAGCACCGUAGUCAGCAAUUUGCAGAUUGGACAAAUCCCUAAGGUAGUCUUCAUUGGCUUUGUGGACAGCGAAGACUUUCACGGAUCGCAAAAGAAAAAUCCUUUCAACUUUCAGCACUUCAACGUUACACAAAUCAGCGUCGAAGUGGACAGCCAGAGUUAUCCAACCAAACCGUACACUGCCGAUUUCGACCGCAAGUUAUCUCUGGAGUGCUACGACGGGUUGUUGGACACUUUGGGACUUCGUCCCAGCUUGCAAGGCGGCUUACCGUUCAACCGGACCCAAUAUAACGACGGCUAUACCAUUUUCGGUUUUGACCUGACUCCAGGACAUACCGGCCGCGGACCGCUGACGCUGAUCAAACAAGGAAACCUUAGCGUUUCUGUGUCUUUCGGGAAACCACUGAAAAGCACCAUUAUGAUGGUGUGUAUGCUUGUCUACGACAGCAUUAUUGAAAUCAACCAGCACCGUCAACUGAUCGCGGACUUUACAACAUGA